AUGCCCCCGAGAGCUAGUUCCAAAUCAAAGGCCUCUGCUCCGCGUUAUGGUAGUGGGAAGAUAACUCGAGUACAAGAGGGUGCUAUUGAUCCUACGAUACCUGUUGAUUCUACGAAACCAUUAGACCCUACGAUACCUGUUGAUUCUACGAAACCAUUAGAUCCUACGAUACCUGUUGAGCAUGCUAUUCAUUCCGAUUCUUCGGGAUUAAUUAAAACUGUCCCUCCAUCGAGCUCUAGUUCGAGCCAAGUUCAGGAUCUUAUUGGUGCUUAUGAGGGACGCAUUUCUGGUGAGGAGGGUUUGUGCGUUGUCGCGGAAUCUCUCCCACAUAAUGGGGGCUGUGCGGCUAAUAACUCCGAAGGGAUACCACUUGUGAGGGCUUCAACUAAGGAGUCAUCUGUUAUAAGAUCGGGCUUGACCGUUGAUGACGGUAAUGGCGCUAAUCCUACAACUCUACGGGUCCCCCGUGCCACUGAUGGGUUUGGGCUUGGUGGUGGUAGCAUUGGUACUAACAACGAAGGCAGUGCUGAAGAUGCUCCUAGUGAUAUGAUUAUGGACCGUCAAGACGCCUUGGCGGCUCGCCUAUCUCUUAUCGAGACUGCAUUGGAAAGGCUGGCCAUCGGGAUGGAGGAUAUGCGACAGCGCCGGAGCUCAGAUAAUUGUGAAGGGGAACUCAGUGAAAGUAAGUCCCAAAGGGAGUGUCUCGCUUCGAUGGAUUCUGACUCUGACUCGGGUCGCGCUUACAAGCCGUGGCAGCUGGGAAGAAAUAUGUGCCGUCUCAUGCGUCGUUCGAAUUCGGGGAAGAUAAAACAGUUAGAUGCAGGCAUCAUUUUGAGGCACCUGCAGCACCCUCUCCCCGAAACUUGGGAUAAUGAUAAUAAUUGUGUAGGGGAUAACCCAAAAUUACUGAGACAGGCUGGCAAGAUUCCUCACCCGGCGCUGAGGAAUCUACGGGCACCAUCUUAUCUCACAGCUGCAAAAAUGAAGAAGAACAGACCGGUGGCGAUGAAGGAGAUUGAAGCUUUGAAAUCUCCUAGUACUCCGGACUGUUCUCGAUUCCUUCGUCUUUGGGUGCGUUUAACUGAGGGUCAACGUCAUAAUGCGCGGAGCUUAUAUAGCGGUCUCUGCGAUGUUAGCAUUGACUAUAUAGAACCGAUUGUCGGGGCCUUUCGUAACGACUCAGUCGUUCGUAAACUACUGUGUUGCAUUGACGAUGAGUCGGCUUUUCCACAUGAAGAGGUCUUCUUCCGUGCUUUGCACGAAGGCCUAUUAUUGCAUAUUAUGCAUCAAUGCAUUCCGGUCUUUGAUGGCGAUGCAUUGGCCUUACUCCGCCGGGACCUUCAACCUGGGGGAGAGAAGUUCGUUACCCCUUUAUGUAAAAAAUUUGUUAAGAACUAUGAGAAGCUGAUUGAGCGGGGUGGUAAUGCAGCAGAUGAUUACGUUAUAUCUGUAUUCCUCAGCGAGCUGCCAUCUCAUGUGCGCUCGCGAAUGAGGAAAUACCAAGGUUCUCGUGGGAGCCGAAACUCACUGAUGGAUGUCAUGAACAACGCUAAGGCGGCCGAAAGAGAACUGCGCAAGCGGGCGAUUGAGUUCAAAGAUACAGUGACCAAUGUAGCCGGUCCUGCAGAUUACAAACUGAGGCCUAAUCCUCCACGAAACCUGCCUUCUAGGCCUCUCCCACCAUCGAGUGCGAACAGGGUGGCUUGUGUAGAUGAGGCUUCCAGUAUAGAAUCGCCCUCAGAUCAUGACACAAUCGUUCCCUGCGCGGUUUUCUCUGAUGAUGAGCACCACGACCAGAAGGAAGGCCGCGAAGUGGAAGAUCCCUUUGAUAUCUUUUGCUCUCUGGGUACUGGCACGCUUAUUGUGACGAGCUGCGGUAAUGUCUCAGCGACGGACGAGACCCAUCUCGUUGCCCGCGAUUAUGAAGGAAUACGCAGUGAUAUCGAAUCCCCAGUUGGCAAACCCUAUAACCUCACCCGAACCGUUGAUAUUAAAUGUGGGAAUGAGGUGCUUGUUAGCCCUCCGGAUUCCGGUAAUCCGGUUACGCUCAUUAGGCCUGAUAUUGCCCUUGAGCUAAUCAAGCAAGAAGCUGCCAGAGGCCCCUUUUCGUUGAGAGGGAAUGGUUUCAAACUCUCUGGAGUUACUGGAGGCCAAGCUAUAGUGGCGAAGACCUUCAUUGUUAUGAAAGUGCAGUUGAAACCAUUGGGAUCUCAAGAUCACUCAUUAUGCUCCUUCAUCCAGGCUCUGAUAGCACCCGGGCUAUCUCUCGAAUUUUUGCUCGGUAACAAUACUCUCCAUUCCUGGAAUUGGCGAAGUUUUUGGGAGAGGAUCCCCUAA